UUCUUUAAUUUGUAGUACAAACUGAAAUAGACGCUAUUGUAUCCUUUCAGUUCGCCAUGGCCAACGCUUUCCUCGUCUCGAAGUGGAAGAUCUGGUACAACUCUCUUGAUGUGAAUCACGACGGAAUGAUUUCGUUUGCGGAUGUUGAAGAGUCUAGGAACAAGUUUUCCGAGCUUCACAAUCUUGACGCGAAACAGAAAAAGGAUGUUAUUGAGAACUUUGAAAAGUGGUGGAACCAGUAUAUCUUCAGGAAGAGGAAAGGAGAGGAGAUAUCGGAGAAAGAAUUCCUUGACAUGCUGAACAACGACUUCAAAACAGACAAAGCCAAAUUCCUAUCAGAAAUGGAAGCAUGCUUUAAAACCCUUUUCAAUGUAAUUGAUACCAACCAGGAUCGAUCAAUCUCCGAAGACGAGUUUCUGAUCGCUUUCAAGGCAUACGGACAUGAAAACGUUGCAUUGGAUACGAAGUUCUUCAAGUCUUACAAUCCAGAUAAAGACGGAUUGGUGCCCUUGAUGAAUAUUGUCAAUUCGUGGAUCCAGUUCACUACCAGUGAAGAUGAAUCAAAGCCGGACGUCGUCAAAGCCGCAUUUGAAUCUGGGGUAUAAGAGACAAUGGUGUAGGUCCAUGUUCACCACACUUUAACCCUGACCAAUCAAUAGCGCCACAGGUGACUGGUGACGCGCGUUUUGUUUAUUCAACAGCGCGGACUUUUAUGGAUGAUUGACACAAGACCAUCGCUGAUUGCUGAAGUUUUUAUAACAUUUAUAUGACGUAUAACUUAAAUCGAGUACGUGACAUUGCGGGACUCGGAGACGGAUAAAUAAACGUGUUAGUAAUUCACGUCAUAUAUCUAUUUUAGCCGGCUAUUGUUUAAAAUGUCCAAUAUACCUUUUUCACCA